GCAUUGCUGAGGGAGAAAUGGUCUCUUGUGUGUUUUCUGUAACAGAAUCAACAGUUAAGACAAGCUCAGAAGCAAAGUCCUUGAGUAGAUGUACAAGAGUCUUUGUUCUCUCCGCCAGAAGCUAUGGGUUUCUAAUUAUGAAGGGAGGAAAGCGACUCUUAUGAAGGGUGUCAUUGUGUACUAAAAUAUCCUUGUUGUGUUAUUGCCGUGCUCUUCAUGAAAUACAUGCUACUUAGGAAAACACCAUGUCCUUUUCCCUAAGGAUAUGAACUAACAGUUUUCUCUUCCUUUUUUCUUUUGCACUUGCCUUUGCAACCUGCUGAUGUGCGGCUGUGUCCAAUUGCACCGGAAUUCCUUCAUUUUUCUCACCUACCAUCAAAAAGUUUCCCUGCAGGUGGAUAUUGUUCCCAGCCAAGGGGAAAUCAGCGUUGGAGAGUCCAAAUUCUUCCUGUGCCAAGUGGCAGGGGAUGCCAAAGACAAGGACAUCUCCUGGUUCUCCCCCAAUGGAGAGAAGCUCAGCCCUAACCAGCAGCGCAUCUCGGUGGUGUGGAAUGACGACUCUUCUUCCACUCUUACCAUCUACAAUGCCGAUAUUGACGACGCCGGCAUUUACAAAUGCGUGGUCACUGAUGAGGACGGCAGUGAGUCUGAAGCCACGGUCAAUGUCAAGAUCUUCCAGAAACUCAUGUUCAAGAAUGCACCAACCCCGCAGGAGUUCAGGGAGGGAGAAGAUGCUGUGAUCGUGUGUGAUGUGGUCAGCUCACUCCCCCCAACCAUUAUCUGGAAGCACAAGGGCCGAGAUGUCAUCCUGAAGAAAGAUGUUCGAUUCAUAGUCCUGUCCAACAACUACCUGCAGAUCCAAGGCAUCAAGAAAUCAGAUGAGGGCACUUACCGCUGUGAGGGCAGAAUCCUGGCACGGGGUGAGAUCAACUUCAAGGACAUUCAAGUGGUUGUGAAUGUGCCGCCCACCGUCCAGGCCAGGCAGAGUGUUGUGAAUGCCACCGCCAACCUCGGCCAGUCUGUCACCCUGGUAUGCGAUGCCGAUGGCUUCCCAGAGCCCACCAUGAGCUGGACAAAGGAUGGAGAACAGAUAGAGAAAGAGGAAGACGAUGAGAAGUACGUCUUCAGCGACGACAGCUCUGAGCUGACCAUCAGGAAGGUGGGUAAGGACGACGAGGCUGAGUACGUCUGCAUUGCUGAGAACAAGGCUGGUGAACAAGAUGCGUCCAUCCACCUCAAAGUCUUUGCAAAACCCAAAAUUACUUAUGUCGAGAACCAGACUGCCAUGGAACUGGAAGAGCAGGUCACUCUGACCUGUGAAGCCUCAGGAGAUCCUAUUCCCUCCAUCACCUGGAGAACCUCCACUCGAAACAUCAGCAGUGAAGAAAAGACUCUGGAUGGGCACAUGGUGGUACGCAGCCACGCCCGCGUGUCAUCCCUUACCCUGAAGAGCAUUCAGUAUACAGACGCUGGAGAAUACAUCUGCACUGCCAGCAACACCAUUGGCCAGGACUCCCAGUCCAUGUACCUUGAAGUGCAAUAUGCCCCCAAGCUACAGGGGCCCGUGGCUGUGUACACUUGGGAGGGGAACCAGGUAAACAUCACCUGCGAGGUGUUUGCUUACCCCAGUGCUACAAUCUCAUGGUUCCGAGAUGGACAGUUGCUACCAAGCUCCAACUACAGCAACAUCAAGAUCUACAACACACCCUCAGCCAGCUAUCUGGAGGUGACCCCGGACUCAGAAAACGAUUUUGGAAACUACAACUGCACUGCCGUGAACCGCAUUGGACAGGAGUCUUUGGAGUUCAUCCUUGUUCAAGCAGACACUCCAUCUUCACCAUCCAUCGACCAAGUGGAGCCAUACUCUAGCACAGCACAGGUGCAGUUCGAUGAGCCUGAGGCCACAGGUGGAGUGCCCAUCCUCAAAUACAAGGCUGAGUGGAGAGCAGUUGGUGAAGAAGCCUGGCAUUUCAAGUGGUAUGAUGCCAAAGAAGCCAGCAUGGAAGGCAUCGUCACCAUCGUAGGCCUGAAGCCUGAGACGACGUACGCUGUACGACUGGCAGCCCUCAACGGCAAGGGGCUGGGCGAGAUCAGUGCAGCCUCCGAGUUCAAGACGCAACCAGUCCAAGGGGAACCCAGUGCACCUAAGCUCGAAGGGCAGAUGGGAGAGGAUGGGAACUCUAUUAAGGUGAACCUGAUCAAGCAGGAUGACGGCGGUUCCCCCAUCAGACACUACCUGGUCAAGUACCGAGCGCUGUCCUCCGAAUGGAAACCAGAGAUCAGACUCCCAUCUGGCAGUGACCAUGUGAUGCUCAAGUCCCUGGACUGGAAUGCUGAGUAUGAGGUCUACGUGGUGGCUGAGAACCAGCAAGGGAAAUCCAAGGCGGCUCAUUUUGUCUUCAGGACCUCGGCCCAGCCCACAGCCAUCCCAGCCAACGGCAGCCCCACCUCAGGUCUGAGCACCGGUGCCAUCGUGGGUAUCCUCAUUGUCAUCUUUGUCCUGCUCCUGGUGGUCGUGGAUAUCACCUGCUACUUCCUAAAUAAGUGUGGCCUGCUCAUGUGCAUCGCAGUCAACCUGUGUGGGAAAGCCGGUCCCGGAGCCAAGGGCAAGGACAUGGAGGAGGGCAAAGCCGCCUUCUCGAAAGACGAGUCCAAGGAGCCCAUUGUGGAGGUUCGAACCGAAGAAGAGCGGACCCCAAACCACGAUGGUGGCAAACACACAGAGCCCAACGAGACCACGCCGCUGACGGAGCCCGAGCUGCCUGCUGAUACCACAGCCACUGUCGAGGACAUGCUGCCUUCUGUCACCACCGUCACCACUAACUCUGACACUAUCACCGAAACCUUUGCCACUGCUCAGAACAGCCCCACCAGAAGGGCCCUGCGGAAGCCAAGUCCGAGAGCCAGGAGUCAGAAACGAAGCCAGCCCCAGCCGAAGUCAAGACGGUCCCCAACGACGCCACACAGACAAAGGAGAACGAGAGCAAAGCAUGAUGGGUGACGAGCCAGGAGCAGAGAGCAAAACCUAACGUGGCACAGCAGCUUCACCGGAGCGUUUCCUGCAUCCCAUAGACACACACAAACACACACGCACGCACACACAAACACACACACACCUCAUUCCUCUAGUGUCUUCUGCCUUUUAAGGAAAACUAAAACAGAUAAA